GCGAAUUCGAUAACGAUGGCUGAGAGCGACUUAGAAAGCGAGCCCUUGACUGAUCUAGAGGAGACAUUUAACAGAGCUAGCAAAUAUCUGCAAACGUUGGUGUCGGAAUUAGAUUCAGGUCAGCUGCUUGCAUUUUAUGGUUUGUACAAACAAGCUACUGUGGGGCCAUGCGACAUCCCGCGGCCCAAUUGGUAUCAGGUGCAAGCCAAGCACAAGUGGGAAGCAUGGAAGAAUCUUGGGGAUAUGAGCCGCGAGACCGCGAUGACAAAUUAUAUCCACGGGAUCGAGAAAAUAAACCCGACGUGGGACGAGGAGGAGGAGGCAAAAGCCGGGUCUCAAAAAUGGAUUGUGUUUAGCAAGCUGUCGUAUGGAAGCGCGGAAUUGAACGACGAAGAUAAGACGUUCUUAGAUUGGAUCAAGGAGGGCAAUGAGGCAAAGGUGCGAGAAUUUUUAAGUGGCGAACCCACGCUCGUCAACAAGCCAGACGAGGAGGGGAUGCAUCCCAUACAUUGGGCUGCGGAUCGCGGCUAUCUCGAAAUCUUGGAUUACUUGAUUAAGAGUGGCGCGAAUGUAAACUCGCGGGAUCAGUACGGGCAAACGGCCCUUCACUACGUGGUAAGUUGCGAUCACGUAGAUGCGGUGAAGUACUUGCUUUCGAUUGGAGCUCAGUCAAAUAUAGCGGAUAACGACGGUAUGACACCCAAAGAAAUUGCGAACGAGCAGAUCGCAGCUCUUUUAUAAUACUAACACAUGCUGUACACAAGCACACUGCGUUUACAAUUGUUAAUUCUGUUUGCAUAUAUUAAUAAAUCCAGUAUACUGAUAAUUUCACAUGGAAAUCAUAAAGUGCGUUGUCUUAUAUUACAUUAAUCCACUCCAUUCUAAUAGAGUAAAUCUUUAUUUAUGUACAAAUAAACUCCUCUAAUAGUCCAUUACAUUCACAGCCUAAGCACACCUUAGGUAAAUGCGUGAUUUGUCAUUAGCUAGAUUUUUAUAAUUCGCUCACUGCUUAAUUAAUAUUACGAGCGAUAAUUGCAAAAUAAGCACACAGAAAAUUUGUAGAGAAUGCAAGGUUUGUUAUUAUCGAUAGCAACAAUAAAACAGAAAUCUAAAAAAUGACAAAAAACGAUG